CCCGGGCCCACCAAUUGUGCGGACACCCGAGCGUUCCAUCAGCCAUGAGCAGACUCAGUGCGGUGAACCUGAGUGUCGGUGUCGGCACAGCCGCAGCGCUAUACAUGGUCCGCCUCCGUCGUGCCGCUUAUUCGAGCCUGGCGCAGCGUGUGCGCCCGCCAGUGUUGGAGAAGAGGCCAAAGAUGGUUCCCUUCGGGGCUGUUGCUGGCCAGAACCGCGGCUCGAGCCCCAUGAAGCCGGUAUUGUACCUAGAGGACCCGUACUUCUACGUUCGAGACGAUUCCCGCAAGAACGAAGAGGUGCUCGAGCAUCUACGCAAGGAGAAUGAGUACACGGACAUCAAGACGAAGCACCUCACCAACGUCCGCGCCAACAUCUACGACGAGCUGCUAUCGCACGUUCAGGAGACGGAUGAGGACUUCCCGUAUCCGCACGGCCCCUACCUGUACUACAACCGCACGGUGAAGGGAAGCAGCUACGCUUACCACUGCCGCAAGGCCAAAACCGAAAAUGCGCCGGAGGAGUUGCUGCUGGACGAGAACGAGAUCGCCAAGGGCCACAACCAUUGUCAGGUGGCUAGCGUAUCGCCAAGUCCUGACCACCGCUAUCUGGCGUACAUGGUAGAUUUCAGCGGCUACGAAACGUACACGGGCUACGUGAAGGAUCUCCAGACCGGAGAGCUGCUGCCUGACCGGAUCGAGAACAUCUCGAGUCUGCGCUGGGGCCAAGAUGCGUCCGUGCUCUACUACGCCACGCAGGACGAAGCCCACCGCCAGGACAAGCUUUGGCGCCAUCAAAUGGGAAGCAAGGAUGCUGAUGAGUUGCUCUACACGGAAGACGAUGAAAUCUAUAGCGCAUACUUCCAAAAAGCUCGCAGCGGGAAGUACAUGUUUUUACUGUCAUCCAGCAGCGAAACAAGCGAAGUGUCCUUUAUCGACCUAGACAACCCGUCGAAGCCGCCGCAGCUCAUCGCCAAGCGCCAGAAAGGUCUGAUCUACGAAGUCGACCAUUUUGCCAGCAGCUUCUACAUCGUGACGAACAAGGACAAGGCAACGAACUUCAAGCUGAUGAGGACGCCCGUGACAUCACCGUCGCCGGAGCACUGGGUGGACGUAUUCCCGUACGAUGAAAACGUCAAAGUUGACGAUAUUGACUGCUUUAAGGAUUUCAUGGUCAUGGAAGGUCGCCAGGGUGGGUACUCGCAGCUCUGGGUCAUUGUCCCUGAGGGUGACAAGCAUUCACGCCGCCAGAUCACCUUCAAAGAGUCCAGCUACACUGUUUCUGGAUCCGUCAACCGUGAUUUUGAUACCAGCAAGUACCGCUUCAUCUACUCGUCGAUGACCACCCCCUGGACGACGUUCGACUACGAUAUCAAAACCCGCGAGUCAACGUUGUUGAAAGAGAAACCUGUGCCGAAUUACGACCGCUCUCUUUACAAAACGGAGCGCUUGGAAGCAAAGGCUAGCGACGGGACUAUGGUGCCAAUCUCCCUUGUUUACCGGUCUGAUAUGCGCUCGCAGGACCGCCAGCCUUUGCAUCUCUACGGCUAUGGCUCGUACGAAAUUCCGAUCGACCCCAGUUUCGUUUCAUCUAUUCUGCCGCUGCUGGAUCGAGGUGUGAUUUAUGCUAUCGCGCAUAUUCGAGGCGGUGGUGAAAUGGGCCGGACAUGGUACGAGGAUGCGAAGUACAAGAAGAAAGUCAACACGUUCACGGACUUCAUCAGCUGUGCGGAGCAUCUUAUUAAAGCUGGGUACACGAGCCCCAGCAAGAUGACUUGUGAAGGCCGCAGUGCUGGUGGAUUGCUCAUGGGUGCCGUGCUGAACAUGCGCCCGGACCUUUUCACGGCAGCGAUUGCCGGUGUGCCAUUCGUGGAUGUGAUGAAUACCAUGAGCGAUGCCUCGAUCCCGUUGACAACCGGAGAAUGGGAGGAAUGGGGAAACCCGAACGAGAAGGAGUACUUCGAGUACAUGCUGAGCUACUCGCCCUACGAGAAUGUGAAGCAGCAAGCGUACCCGAACAUUCUGAUCACGAGCGGGCUCUUCGACCCACGUGUGGCAUACUGGGAGCCCACCAAGUGGGUCGCUAAGCUGCGUGAUAUGAAAAGCGACCAGAACGAGGUGCUGUUGAAGAUGGACUUGUCGUCAGGCCACUUCAGUGCCAGCGAUCGAUACCACUACCUGAAGGAGAAGGCGUUCGACUUGGCGUACCUGCUGGAUCACAUGAAGGCGAUCAAGGAAGAGGACAAGAAGGCGCCCAAAUCUGCCGCAUAGCUGUAGGACAGCCAACAGACCGCUCCAAUGUUGGCUUGGAUGUGUAUGCCGAAGUGAACGCGGUCGCUUUCAUGCAAAACCGCAUC